AAAAUUUCAAAAUUUAAAUAUUGAAUAAUCAUGUCGUUUGCUUUAAGAAAUAUUUGCAAACAAAUUUUAGUUAAUGAUCAUCAUUUAUUAAAAAAUAAACAAUUACUUAAAUAUAGUUCAGCAGCUUCAUAUCAGUAUAUUAAGACUGAUUUGGUUGGAGAUAAGAAGAAUGUUGGAUUAAUUACAUUAGAUCGUCCAAAAGCAUUAAAUGCUUUGUGUAAUGGCCUUGUUGCAGACAUAGCAGAUGCAGUAACAAAAUUUAACAAUGAUGAAUCUGUUGGAGCAAUCAUUAUCACUGGAUCCGAAAAAGUAUUCGCGGCUGGCGCUGAUCUUAAGGAAAUGUUAAAAUUGGAUUUUGCUUCCCAUGUAAAAUCAAAUUUUUUAAGUAAACGUACAUUUCUUACUGAUAGUAAAAAGCCGGUAAUUGCUGCUGUUAAUGGUUAUGCGCUCGGAGGAGGUUGUGAAUUAGCUAUGAUGUGUGAUAUAAUUUAUAGUGGCAAUCAAGCAAGAUUUGCACAACCAGAAAUUACAGUUGGAACAAUUCCUGGAGCCGGUGGUACACAACGUUUAACUAGAAUUGUAGGAAAGUCAAAAGCGAUGGAAAUGUGUUUAACUGGAAAUCAAAUUACUGCAGAAGAAGCUGAGAAAAUGGGUCUUGUUAGUAAAGUAUUUCCACCAGAAGAAGUUCUUCCUCAAGCGAUUAAACUAGCCGAAAAAAUUAGUUCACACUCACAAAUUAUUGUUUCGCUUUGUAAGGAUGCAGUUAACAGAGCUUACGAGACAACUCUACAUGAAGGAUUAAAUUAUGAAGCUAGACUGUUCCAAACUACUUUUGCUACGGAGGAUCGUAAAGAAGGGAUGGCAGCAUUUGCUGAAAAACGUGCUCCUAAAUUUAAGAACCAAUAAGUAUUUGUGAUAAAAAUAAAAAAUUAAGCGUUAUCGUCUAUUUACUUUAUAAGUUGUAAAUUAAAAGAAUUAAAAACA